UCGGGUAACAAAACGCAGUGCACAGCUGAUCAGUGGUCUCGACGGACGGUCGCCGCUCGCUCGUAACGAUUUUUAAAACCCGAGGCAAGACAGAGAGUGUUACAAAACACGGCUCGGAACCGGGACCCGGAGCAAAUAAUUCGUGACAUGUUGUCAACCCGGUGUCUAGCCUACCAGUCCUCUUAAGUGCCGUUUUGUCUCAUUAAUACCGGUGUGCGUACAACCCGAGUGAGUGUGACCGUUCCUUGUAAACUAUGGACGUUUCAAUGGUUGCCAUUCGGUAGGCCUUUCCACGAGGAUGGGGGCCUGCGAUGGGGGACUGUCACUGCUCUAACAUCGCGAUAAUGCAGCUAUUCCAUGAGCUGAAGCAGCAGUUUCCCGCACUCCCGGACCACGUCGUGUCACAGUGCAUUGCCCAGAACAGCCACGACAAGGAGACAUGCGCGCGAAGCCUUCGCGCGACGCAGGAGUCGCGGCCGCCUUCGGGCGCCUUUCCGCCCCCACCGCCCCCCGACACCCUGACCUCGAUCAACGCGAUGACCAUGAACCACUCGAACCUCCAUUCGUCGAACCACUCGAAUCAUCAGGCCGCACCUCGUCCCCAUCGGCCAGCCUCCCUGGACAUCGGUGUCGCCCACACCUGUCCUCGCACCCCAAACGGCGCCCCCGCAUCCGCACCGGCCGCGUGCCCGUCACGGGGCUUCUUCGACGACCUGACGAACCCCAACAACGCUGGCUUCGAACUCAACGUCAACGUCGCCUGCAGUCCUGCAGCUGGCAAUCGCGAUUUUCGAACGAUACCAGUCGGCGGUACCUGUAAACGAAGUGCCCUGCUGGUAGAGCCCCGACCUCACUACGUCGGGCACGUACCCGACCACAACGGGGGACUGACGAACGGCCUCACCGACACCUCCCGGAGCUACACCUCCGUCAGCCUUACCCUGAGGCCCCCGUCCUCCGAGCCCCAACCUCCGAUCAACAUCAGAUCUCACGGCUCCAGCCUCACCUACUCGACCUCCUCCGUCGACCCGAGGGGCUUCCAGAGUCGCCUCCAAAUCAGCAUCGGGCCCGGCGCCAUCGGCAGCGUGGCCGCCGCCAGGAUAAGGCCCCCGAUGGGUCCGACCAGGCCCACGACCUUGCUUCCCCCGGCUUCGACGCCCCACCGACCCCCGGGGCUUCCGGCCGGACCACCGAGCCAGCUGCCUCGUCCCACGACAACGGUGAGCGCGCCGACGACACCUUCCGUUCCGACGACAGCGGGCCUCGCGCCCUCGACGAGCCUUCCAACGACACCCGCCUCGCCCUCGCCCUCUACUUUCGCACCGAACGCCAACCCCCCACCUCCCAUCUUGACGAAUACGACCGUUGCCGACUUCUUACAAUCGCCGGUAAAUAAAGUGGCGGAUCAUCAAAAGCAACUGGUCGCUGAGCAGAUGGUGAGAAGAAAUCGUCUCGCUAAGGAAUUGCGAGCGGAAAAAGGAAAACUGGACGCCAUGAAACGAGAGCUGAAAUGUUUGGCAAGACCGUUCAACGCCGCUACGCCCCCGCAGGAGCUGGAGAGCAAACUUCGAAGCGAAAUUUACCAACUCCAAGUUGAAUGCGACAGAAUGGCUAGCGAAGUCGACCAAACGUCAGACCCGGCAGUGCCUCUGGGAGAGACAAACGAAGAGUUCUAUCAAAGCAUCUACACAGGGCAGCCGUUCGUACCCUUCGCUGGAACGAACCCGAGGCCACCGCCUCUGCCCUCUCGACCUCCAGCCUGGAUCCCGUCCGGGGACCGGGAGGAACGCGACGGACCCUCGUGGGUCUGCGGGAUGUGUACCUUCGACAACCAUCCGCUUAUGGACAAGUGCGAACAGUGCGAUAUGCCGCGUUUGCCCAGCCACAGUUCAGGUACGGCUAGUCUAAAGUGUUUGGUGCCCGUUGAGAGCUUGAGGCCACUUUUCAACUCUGGUCCCACCCAAAAACGUGAUGACCAGACCUCGAAGACGGCCCCGCUGACUCAGGAACGGUGAAUCGCUGGUGCCGAUCAAACCGCACUUGAUCUUUACCCUUUUGGGUUUGAUUAGAUAUUUACGGUAUUUUUCAGCCAGUCAUUCACGACUCAGUACUUUCACCGGAGAUCUUUUCGUUCGAUAUUAAUACUGAAUAAAUUUUCGCACGACCGAGUUAACUAAACUGUACGAAACGCGUUAGAAGUUUUUUUAGACGACGGUGAACGUAAUACA